GUGAUUCAACCCUGGAACACAUCUUUGUGCUUGUAUCAUGCAGUGACAAGAAUAUCAUUUUUGGUGCUGUCUACAUCCCUCCUGCUUCUCCUUUAUCAAUUUAUGAGGAAUUUGCCUCUACAUCCAUGGAUCUUGAUGACUUCCACAAGUUUUAACAUUGGUCUAACGACUGACAAAAACUCGAGCAGAGUGCUGAGGCCUCCUGGUGGUAGCCAUUCUGAUAUUUUUGGCUUAAGAGAUGUACAAAAUGAAAUAGCAACCCCUAGUAAGAAGAGGGUCACUCCUCAAUCAACAAUAGGAGGUUGCUUUCAAAUGGCGGAUGAAGUGGAUAAAGCUAAAUGUGCUAAAGAGGAACUCGAACCAGCAAAAGGAGAACAAGUAGAAGAUCCGCAGAAACGAACAGAUAAUGGAAUAGAUGAAAACAAGGCUCCAAAGCAAGAAGAACUAAAGACUGAACAAGAAAUUCCAAAGAUGAAAAAACUGGAAGAUCCGAUCCCUGUUUCUAAAAGAGGGCGGGUCCCUCCAGGUGGAUUUUCUUCUGGCCUUUGUAUGAUUUCCGCAAAUCGAAACAUUGACCUUACCCGCAAGAGCUCAAUAAAGGUAUUUCCUAGUGGGCGCAGUGCUGAUUUUUUUGCGAUACGAAAUAAAGAACUAAUCCCUAGAAAGAAGAAAGUGGAUAAUGCGCCCCAAUCUACAAUAGCAGAUUGCUUCCAGAUGGAAGAUAAGAGAAGUGAACCUAAACAAGUAAAGAAAUAAAUUUUAAAUACAAAUGGAGUAGGUGGACAAGAACAGGACGCGAUUUUUGUUAAGUGAUGUCCUUCCACGUCAAUUAAAACUUGUUCAGGUUUUCGUUAAAAAAUCUAAUAUUUAAUAAUUUAUCAGUUACAAAAACUAUUUGUGUUUACUUGUUCUAUUUGCUGUUAGUUGUUCUAUUUACAUAACAAAUGUGCUAGAAAGUGUUGUAAUAUACAUAUUAAAUCCA